UCAACUUUGACAAUUUAUUUCUCAAAAACUAAACAUAAUUUUGAGAAACGGUUUCUUUCACUAAAAAGUACACACUUUUCUUUAUUAUAUCUGGAAAUUCAUAAAUUUUUCAUAAAUUUUUAAUCACUAUUAACAGAGAAUUAUUAAGACUUGUAGAAUCACAUAGAAACGUUUUAAACCAUAACCAAAUUUUUGCAUUCCCUUACCAUAUUAUUAUCAACUACUAAUAUUUAAAACUAACAUUAACCUUAUUCACUCGUCGUAUUUACUUUUCAACUCUAUAUAAUCUUAUCAUUAAGUAAAAAUGUUUAAGCGGUUCCGUACUUCAGUAUAGGUAUUUGAACCUUCACAUUAUAAUUCCUUAAGAAAUGAGGAAUCAAAAUAUCAAAAUUACGAUCGUUGGCGAUGGAUACGUAGGAAAAACAUGUCUCUUAGUUUGUUACACGACAAAGCAAAGACCCACAUCGCAGUAUAUACCAACUGUUUUCGAUAAUUAUGACGAAGAUUACACUUUGGAUGAAAAAACCCAUCGAAUAACGAUAUGGGAUACGGCGGGGCAAGAAGAUUACGAUAGACUCCGAGUUAUAUCUUACCCAAAUACUGCUUGUUUCGUACUUUGUUAUGCCAUUAACAAUUGGAAUUCGUUUCUCAAUAUUAAGGCAAAAUGGGUUCCGGAAUUAAAACAACACGAACCUUUCACUCCUAUUAUUCUUGUAGCAACCAAAUGUGAUUUACGUAAAGUUGACGACCCAAAUUGGGAUUUAGUGCCUCUCGAAAAAGGAUUAGAAGCGGCUAAAGAGAUAAAAGCUGCGCAAUAUUUGGAGUGUUCCGCUUAUGAUAUCACCGGAAUUGAAGAAGUUAUUGAAAAUGCAGUUCGAGUUUCUUUACAACCUCCUCCAAUGCCUAAAAAAAGAACUUGUGUUAUUUUAUAAUAAGUAGCCGAGGCAGCUAAGUUGCCGAGGCAGUAGCUCAUAAGUGCAUGUAAAAAGAAAAGUCAUUAUCAAGCUGGAUAACACCGAA